GGAAGUUGUUACGUGUGCAAAAGGUACUACCCCACACCCUCACGCUAUUUCAUAGAAUUUUGGGGAAGGGUUAGCUCGAUUUCAAGGUGGACAAUGAAUACAACACUGUCGUCAGUAUGCAUUCUGACACGGGCGAGUCUUGCUGGGGCUUUUGCUUACGACUAGAAAGGUCACGUAUUACUUGUCUCAGCUACUACGGAGAAGACCCACUGUUCUGCGAUGGGUGUUUGUCAGCAACCGACAAGCGAGUUUACAAUUUGUACGGGGAAGUCGACGGACAUCGUCGAUGCUACUGUCAAAUAGUUGACGUCCUCGUUUAUUCAUCUACGUUUCAAUAUUAAUGAACAGGGAGGAUGUUGAACCGGAUAACAGCAGAUGUGGCAUCCGUUUUUCUCUUAAUACGGUCAGAGGUGAUGGUCUUAUCGCAUCUCAUCACACAUCGAAGCGAUAGACAACUGAUGGAGGCUGGAGAAACAUCAAAAGUGCUCAAAGCGUUUGAUUAUGGAGAAACGGUGGUAUCGGGUUGUCAUUUGCGAUCACGUAUCACCGACUUGGACGAAAGGCGCAUCAUGAUUAGGCAUUCAAAGAAUUUUGCUUUUCAAUAUCCGCCAAAGAUCCGGCACUUUGACUCCCAAAAGUGAGGCCCAGCUGUUUAUGAUUCCGGGAGGCGAGGAACGCACGAUCGAAGUCGGUUCGCAACUCAUCAUAACCUGCACAUACAAGUAUCCAGACGAAUACGAUCGUCAAAAUUACAGAAGAAACAUUUCGUGGACGUUUCCAUCCUAUCUCAUCCGGAACGAGGAAGGUGUUGUUGAUCCUACGCAGGUUAGCAAGCGUUUUAGCACGACAGCGGACAAGAACGAAACGCACUUGACAUCAACCAUGACUCUGACAAACCUCACAGCCUACGACACGGGUUAUUUCAGAUGUAAGGCCAUCUAUAGAGACGAAAUGAAGCGAUACGUUAACGUUUGCGAUCGUAAUAAUGCUGUUAUUAAAGAUGACCCGCAGUUCCGGACGAAACAAGAAUCGGGCGAACCGCUUUUUAUCGGAUGCCGGCCCACUCAUCCUAACGUUACAGUUCUUCUUCGUCUAACUCGGCAUAUCCAUCCAAAAGAAGAAAAAAAAUUUCAAUGGGAUUAUUCAAAAAACCUCUUGUCUGGACCUAAUCCGAGCUGGAUACUGGACUCUCAUCAGGGGCUGUGGAAAAAGAGGGCUACCGUUGGUGACACAGGCUAUUACCAUUGUUUUGGCACAAUGAACAAACCUGUUGACCAUUCGGAUAAGAAGAUCAUCUUCGUGAUUGGUGUCAAAGGUGUUGAAAUAACAACGGAAAACAUUACGAGACCUCAAUUCACUUGGAUCUAUUACGAAAGCCGGCUGCAGUUAUUUAACAUUAGCAUGGACACCCCCACGACUCUUCAAUGCAAAGGCAAAACGAGUAAAGGCAUAGUAUUUCGAACAGUUUCGUUUGCAAUCAAAUCAAUUCCUCGAUACCGUCUCAAAUUAGGAACUCAGCUGGGAGUUGGAUGUUUCGGCCGUGUAGUUAAAGCUAAAGCCGUUGGAAUGAAUAAGAAUUCGAACGGAACUGCCAGAACUGUGGCCGUUAAGAUGGUCAAGUCGCAAAUCAACUCCGCCGCGCUGGAAGCCCUCGUCAGGGAAUUGAAAAUACUCAUCCAUUUGGGGUCGCAUUUGAACGUAGUCAACUUGUUGGGUGCGUGCACUAAAGAGAUGCACAAAGGAGAGCUGUUGGUGGUUGUGGAGUACUGCCGGUUCGGCAACUUGCAAACCUAUUUGUCCAGUCACCGUGACAGUUUUGUCAAUCUAGUUGACGAGUUUGGAAACAUCCAAUCGCAAAGCGAGAAAGAGGAAACAGAAAAUACAUUCAGUUUGCAUGAAAUUUGCGACAGAGAUCCAACAGCAUCAACGUUUUGUUUGGGUUUACUUCCAACGGAUCCGACUGCCAGUUGGGAGACUGAGCCGGAAUCCAUCUGUCAAUAUCAACGAAAUGCGGCUCUUCCUUGCAUAUCCACACGUGAUUUGAUCUCGUGGUCGUUUCAGAUAGCAAGCGGAAUGGAUUACUUGGCUAGCAAAAAGGUUCUCCACGGCGAUUUGGCUGCCCGUAAUGUUCUACUGGCCGACGAUGGGGUGGUCAAAGUGGCUGAUUUCGGAAUGGCCAAGAGGUUGUACUACGACGGUAAAUACGAGAAAACGAGCCAGGGAUUGCUGCCCGUUAAAUGGAUGGCCAUUGAAUCGCUGACGGAUCGUGUCUUUUCGAGCCAGUCGGAUGUCUGGUCGUUUGGUGUUGUUCUCUGGGAACUGUUCUCCCUCGGCAAAGUUCCGUAUCCAGGAAUGGAAAUUGGCCACCUGCUGGUCAAAGAAAUUCAAAAUGGAUAUCGAAUGGAGAGGCCGAUUUAUGCACCGAAUUUCUUCGGUGAAACGAUGACCAGGUGCUGGAAAGCCGACCCGAACGAACGACCCACUUUCCGCCACCUGAAAGACGCGAUUUGCAGUCAGAUGGAGUCAUGCAUCAGCUCCGAGUACCUGUUUAUGGAUGUUCCAUGUCAACAGCAACUCGACGAGGGAAAAGAAUAUGCUAAUUCUACAGACAUGUUGACACCAGCAAAGUUGUUGAACGACCCAUCGAGUUGUCAACCCCCAGCACAAAGUGAACGGUGAUCAUCAAAUUUUCGAUUGAGAAAUGGAUCGAAUUUUGUGUGGUUCAGAAACAGUGGCCAGCUCCUUGGAGAUUACCAGUUAAGUUGUUGAAAUGGACGAACAUGUUCUUCUGAUAGAAACAACUUCCUUUAACGACAUUUUGAUGAUAUGCCCUUCACGCUUUUAUUCCCAACAGCCACCUUUAUAUCGGUAUCGUUUCUCUUGUUGGCUACCUGUUUGGCCGAAACCAUCAUUUCCUUAAUUAACAAUUUGUUUGAAAUGUUCUGAUGCGAUAACAGUACAAUCACACAAGUAUUUAAUUCCUA